AUGUCGGUGAAUGCGAGCUCGUUCGGCCCGCUGUUCGACUUUCUGGCCGUGGUGAAGGCCAAGAUCAUUUGCGCGCAGGAGACGAGGAUCGUGGAGUCACGCCUCGGGGAGUUCCAGCACCGCGCCAAGGACCUCGGCUUCCACGGCAUGUGGGCACCAGCCUUGGCGACCAAUGCCAAGGGCCCGCAGGCCAGCCACUGUGGGGUUGCAAUCCUGGCGCCCACGAAUGUGAUGAUCACGAAGCCUCCCGACGGCGACCCCAUUAUUUAUCCAGGCAGAGUGGUGGCCAGCUUUGUCAAUUGGGGAGUCCCUGGUGGGGUGAUUGUGGUCAGUGCAUACUUGGUGACAAGCAUCGGUCUGACAGGUGAGAAUAUUUCCAUACUGUGGGCCGUCGCGCAGAGAGUCGCUUUCUGGAAUGCUGCGGGCUUUGACUGGAUCUUAGCGGGUGACUGGAAUUCGGAUAUAGCAGCUCUGAAUGCGAGGGGUUGGAUUGAGUCUCUGGCUGGGUUGUCUUACACUCCACCGUCGGCCACGUGCUGCAAGGAAGACGGCAACUCGAAGAUUGACUACUUCAUUGCGUGUGCAAAUUUGUCGUCACGGCUCGGGACAGCAGUGGUGGUGGACACGUACGGCACCAUACCCCCUCCGCACUACCCAGUAAGCAUUGAUCUCCUGGGCAGCGAUAGGUCGGAGCGUGAUCGACUGGGCAGGUUCUGUCAACGGUUACAGUUGGCUUCGGUGGUCUGCCAGCUUUCGCCCCUGCAGUGCACCAAGGUGCUGCAGGCUUUCUACGAGGUGGACCAGUACUGCCGUAGGAUCGUCCGCGACAAGAAGACCUGCCACCACUUAGACCAGGACACCGUCGACUUUCUGCUGCGAGGCUUGGGCAUGAUCGGAGACGCCGACUUCGACUCAGGUUUGGACAACACCAUCCUGAAGGCCGACGCGGUGUUGAAGGCAGCGAGGUCGGUCUCGGAGCGGGCUUGGCGUGACUGGGCCAAGCAGGCGUUCCUGGGAGGGGCCAGUCAGGCCCACGCCGCCCCCAAGGUGCGCGGCAAGCAGGAGCAGCUCAACUUUGACGUGAACGCCCAGCCGUACUUGCUGGCAAACCACACCCUCGACGUGUGGGAGGGCGUCUGGCGACACCACGACCUGUCGCCCCCAGAGCUGCCGCCAGGCCAUGAGAGCUGGCCUGCUCUGCCCGAGCUCGACCAACACCAAGUGCGGGCUGCCAUUCGCAAGUUUUCGACGCGUACGGCAGCUGGGCCGAGCCGUAUUUCACCUAGAUGCCUGGACGCUCUGUCGGGCCAGGCGCUCGAGCGCAUCGCCAAGAUGGUUUUGCUUUUCGAGCAGUGGCUGUCCUGGAGACCAGUCUCGGCAGCGUGGCAGGCUGGCUACCAGUGCGACCAGAUGUGGGGCACGAGAGCGGGCCACACGUCCACAUAUUCGGCUUUUGAUCACAAUAUUCAGCAGGGGAUCCUGGCUGGGUGUACCCACGCCACAUAUGUCCUGUACCUGCUCACCUAUAGGUCGGUGCAGAGGGUCUCGAAGGUCUCCCCCACGGUGACCCCGAGGACGCUCAUGGACGAUAUAGGGCUCCAGCAUACCUCCCAGGACCCCAAGGAGGCCAAGUACCUUGCGCUUGCAGCGAGGGGCUUCAUCCAGGACUCCAAGGGCCCCGGCAUGAUCUUGAAGGCGUCGAAGUCUGGGGCUGUUGCUGGUUCUCGGAAGUUCUGGAAGGGGGUGCAGCACCACAUGGGCUCCAUGGAGAUCCCGUACAAGGGCCACAUGAGGAACCUAGGUCACGAGCUCACGGGGCCCAAGGUGAUUCGGGGCAUGGAAAAGAAGCGCCUCAAACAGCUUAGAGAGAGGAAGGCGAAGUUUUCCAUGCUGAAGUCUGCGGUCGGCAAGGUCUCGACGGCUUUGUGGCGCACAGGCGCCCUUCCAUCAGUGGCGCACGGUGCUGCAGUUGCUGGCGUAAGCGACGUUGCACUUCGAGAGAUGCGUCUUUUCGCGGCCGUCUUGAACGGCGCGCCAGGCAUAUUUAACACGGGUGUGACCGCCUACUUGAUCAGCCACAAGAGCGAAUUCUACGAUCCUAUCUACCACGCCACAAUAGCCAUAGUUAUUAAAUUUGCGGAGUGGGUCUGGGACG